CUUCUAUACCGACAAUCAAUCAACAUGGCCACCGAACUUGCCGUCCAGAGCGAGCGCGCUUACCAGAAGCAGCCUCACAUCUUCCAGAACGCCAAGAAGGUCCGCAAGACCGCCCGCGCUGGCAAGAACGGCCGCAGAUGGUACAAGGACGUCGGUCUGGGUUUCAAGACCCCCAAGACCGCCAUUGACGGCACCUACAUCGACAAGAAGUGCCCCUUCGUCGGCGAGGUCUCAAUCCGCGGCCGUAUCCUGACCGGAACCGUCAUCUCCACCAAGAUGCACCGCACUCUCGUCAUCCGCCGCGAGUACCUUCACUUCGUCCCCAAGUACGCCCGUUACGAGCGCCGCCACAAGAACCUCGCCGCACACGUCUCGCCCGCUUUCCGUGUCGAGGAGGGUGACCAGGUCACCGUUGGCCAAUGCAGACCUCUCUCCAAGACUGUCCGCUUCAACGUCCUCCGUGUCCUUCCCCGCACCGGCAAGGCCGUCAAGCAGUUCUCCAAGUUCUAAACUGCUCGCGCACUCAACAAUCAUGGUCAUUUACGGGAGUCUUCUCUGGGAUGGGGCAGCAAUCAAGGCGACAGGAAGUGCAGCGUAGUCCUUUUUCUGCAGCCUUAAAAAAGCAAAAUGCCUUUGUCGCAUCAUCUUUUUUUCCUACCAAAAUACCAUCACAACCCCCAACUCGAACGCCUAGCCCGACACUGUCAAAAGAAGGAAAAAAUUAUGGCUUUUUACGAUA